AUGAAGACCAGACAGAUCAGGUUCCGCCUCUGGAACCAGCCUCGGCCGACUCCCCAUGAUGAGUUAGCCAGCCCAGCCGACCGCGACACACAUCCCAAAGGCCGAGAAGCACGAAGAAGUCGAUCGGGCUGCACAGAAUGCCGACGCAGGCGCGUCAAAUGCGACGAGACAUUUCCCGUGUGCGUCCGCUGCCAGAAACGCGGCUCCUUCUGCCAAUCUCCCCCCAGAUUGACAAAGUGGCAGCACGAGGCGCCCUGGAUCAAGCUUGGCUCCUCCCCAGCUCCCACCGAGCAGGUCGUUAUCAAGUCAAAGUCCGAUGACAAGGCUCUGCUACGAUAUUGGCUUGAGAGAGCCAGCCAAAUCAUGGUCAUCGACCCUGACGAGAAUCCGCUCUCGUUCCCCAUCCUUGAAUAUGUCGAGCAAUGUCCCAGCCUCAAGCAUGCCCUGCAGAGCGUUGGUGCCGGGCACAGGCAUUACUUUGAUCCUGACAAGCUCUCUAAAUGCCUGGAGGAGCGAAGUUCAGCCCUUCGCUUGAUCAUACAGGAUCUAUCUUGCCCUGGCGACAACCUGUUCCCUCUCUUUUUGAGCGUGCUGCUGGUCGGUCUCUCCACGGCCUGGACCAACGCCCCCACGGCCGAGUUUGGCCAGCAGCACCUCCGUGGAGCGCGAGCUCUGACCGACAUUCUGUUAUCCGAUGCAUCGAAUCGAGAAACGCGACCGCCGUACUUCAACUUCGUCGUUGGGGCUUAUCUGUACUGGGAUAUGGCCACGGCCUUCCUCAUCCCAGCCGACGAGCAGGUGUCUCUCAACACUGACGAGAUGUACACUGCUCUGCUGGAUGUCGGCCAAGAAUAUCAUCCUUUCGGGGGCUACUCGACCGAGAUUUUCUACUUAUUGGGCAAUGUAGGGCGCUAUUGUCGGUCGGUCGUCGAGAAGGGUGUUCGCGAUGAAUCGGUCGAGGUUGCGUUGCAGGAGGAGAUGGAAAAAUGGGAGCCGAACCGAGAUAAUCCCCAGCUCGGUCUCAUAAGCGAUGCCUUCAGGUCUCAUGGGCUGAUCAACCUAGAAGCCAUCUGCUAUCGGCGUCGUCGGGAUGACAGUGUAGACGACGCUCUGAUGACCGAACUCCUCAACCUGACAUGCGAAGAGGAUGCGGAACUGUGGCACAGCCUAUCAUCAAGUUCAAUCGACGAAGACCUCGAGGCUAGAAUCAGGAAUCGGGCGCUGGAGGUGGUACGCAACCUCAUCUCGAUCCCCUCUAGCCACGGUUGUACCAACCUUCAGGCCAUCCCGCUCUUCACGGCAGGCUCUGAACUGACCAAGGAGGAUACACGGGAGAGAGAAUUAGUGCUGCAGAGGUUCAGGGAGGUGUACUCGCUGAAUCAUCUGCGGGCGAAUUUGACGGCGCUGGAGAUGCUCCCAGAGAUUUGGAAACGCAAGGAUGCGGGCGAAACCAUCACCUGGUUGGAAGUUAUGAUUGAGAAGGGUUGGAACAUCAUGUUGGGGUAA